AUGUCACGGAACAAGGGUUUAGCAGAACAAGAUCUAGCUAAACUUGAUGUAACUGUGCUACAUCCUCUCUCUCCCGAGGUUAUCUCUCGCCAGGCAACCAUUAACAUUGGGACCAUUGGGCAUGUCGCACACGGAAAGUCGACUGUUGUGAAAGCUAUCUCUGGUGUUCAGACUGUCCGUUUUAAGAAUGAACUGGAGCGUAACAUCACCAUUAAGCUCGGAUACGCAAACGCCAAGAUUUACAAAUGUGAGGAUGACAAGUGCCCUAGACCAAUGUCCUACAAGUCCUAUGGGAGUGGGAAAGAAGACAACCCAAUUUGUGAUUUUGACAAGUGCAAGAUGAAGCUACUGAGGCAUGUCUCAUUUGUCGACUGCCCGGGACACGAUAUUCUCAUGGCGACAAUGCUCAAUGGAGCAGCCAUCAUGGAUGGUGCUCUGCUUCUCAUUGCUGCGAAUGAGACCUGUCCUCAGCCACAAACCGCUGAACAUCUUGCUUCUGUCGAUAUGAUGCACCUCAAGCAUAUCAUCAUCCUUCAGAACAAGGUUGAUCUCGUCCAAGAAAGCGCCGCCUUGAAGCAGCAUGACGCCAUUCAGAAAUUCAUAAUGAACACGAAUGCGGAGGGUGCUCCUAUCGUUCCUGUCUCAGCACAACUGAAGUACAACAUCGAUGUUUUGUGCGAGUACAUUGUCAAGAAGAUCCCAAUCCCCAGGAGGGACUUUGUCUCGCCGCCAAAGAUGAUUGUGAUUCGUUCUUUUGAUGUCAACAAGCCUGGCUUUCAGGUUGAUGACAUUAAAGGUGGAGUUGCAGGUGGAAGUAUCCUCCGGGGUGUGUUGAAAGUGAACCAGUUUAUCGAGGUUCGACCUGGUAUCGUUGGCAAAGAUGAGCUUGGAAACCCAAAGUGCAGCCCCAUCUACUCACGUAUCACCUCGCUGUUCGCGGAACAGAACGAGCUUCAGUUUGCGGUGCCGGGAGGUCUGAUCGGAGUAGGGACAACGAUGGACCCUACGCUCACGCGUGCGGACAGGUUGGUUGGUCAAGUCCUUGGGGAAAUGGGUUCUCUCCCUGUGGUCUAUGUUGAGCUUGAGGUGAGUUUCCAGCUUCUGACGCGUCUCAUUGGGGUGAGGACAAAGGAAGCAGAGAAGCAAACGAAAGUGUCUAAGCUAAGCAAAGGAGAGAUACUGAUGGUGAACAUCGGGUCCAUGUCGACGGGAGCUAAGGUUGUCGGAGUGAAGAAAGAUAUGAUGAAGGUGCAGCUGACGGCGCCUGUCUGCACCACCACAGGGGAAAAAGUGGCUCUAAGCCGCCGUGUCGAAAGGCAUUGGCGUUUGAUCGGUCGCGGUCAGAUUGAGGCUGGAUCAACCAUUCUCGUCCCUUCUCCUCCUCCUUGUCUCCAGGUUUGCUAA